AUGAAUAUUUUAUAUUGGUUGAAAUAUAUCACAACAUUUAUAUGUAUUUUAUUAUUAGCUAUAUAUACAUAUAUAAAAUCACGUCUUUUUGGUAAUAAAAAACGUCAACCACCAUUACAUAAUCGAGAUAGUAAAAUUGCCAUAGUUGGAGGUGGAAUUGGUGGUGUUGGUGCUGCAUAUGCUUUGCUUCGUAGUGGAUAUACAAAUGUAACAAUAUAUGAAAAACAUGAUCAGCUUGGUGGUAAUGCUAAAACACAUAUUUGGCAAAUUAAUAAUAAGAAUAUUACAACUGGACUUUCGGUAUUAGCAUGGCCAGAAAUAUUUCGUAAUUAUAUGCGUUUAUUAAAUGAAUUAAAUAUUAAAACAACUACAGUUGAAUUACCAUUUUUUAUUGAUAAUAAAGAAGAAAAUACUAUAUUUGCUCAUGGAAAACAACAUAUUAAUGCUCAAAAAUAUAAUAAUGAUUUAAAACGUUGGAUUAGUAUGAUUAAUACUAUUAAAUAUGUAUCUAAAUUUUUUCAUGGUAAAGAAAUAUCUAUAUAUCAUUUUUCGUUUUUAAAUCCUUUUAAUUAUAUUUCAAUAAAAUUUUUAAGUUUAUUAUUUGGUAUAUCAAAUCAUUUUUGGAAUAAUAUUGUUGUACCUAUGUAUGCAUCAACAUUUUUAUCAACAAAAUUAUCAUUUAUUCCAUCAUCUAUUCUUCCCAUUGUUGAUGAUAUGAUAUCUCUAGAACCAAAUCGUAUACCAACCAUGCAAACAUGGUCACAAACAUCAGUAGAUGUAUUUAAUAAAAUGACAAAAGAUGCUAUUAUUAAAACAAAUUCACAAGUUAAAAGUGUUUAUAUUAAACGAAAUAAAUAUAAUCAAAUAAUGAUUUCUAUUAAUAAUGAAAAUAUAAUAUAUGAUCGAAUUAUAUUUGCAUGUAAUAGUCAAGCAACAAUUAAUGCAUUAAAUAAUGGUAAUACAAAAAUUUCAUUAUUAUUAAAAAUAAUGUUAUCUAAUAUAACAUAUAGUGAUGAUGAUGAUACAAAUUUAUUAGAUGGAAUUAUUCAUCGUGAUAUAAAUAUUCUACCAAUGAAAUAUGCUGAUGAUUUACGUAGGAAAUAUGCUAAUUAUAUUGAUGUAAAAUAUGAUAAAAAGAAUAAAAUAUUUUAUCAUUAUAAUACAUUUAUUUUAAGUUCUUGGUUACCUAAUGUAAAUGCUAUAUUAGAAGAAAAUCAAUUAGAACAUAACAAAAUGGAACCAAUGUUAGUUACUUAUGCAUCCUAUAAUCAACCAGCUCCACAAAUUGAUGAAAAGAAAAUUUAUGGAAAAGUAGAUAAUCGACGUGCACAUCCUAAUCUAUCAUUACGUAAUCAAACAAUUUCAUUAUUAAUACGAUUAGUACAAGGAGAAAA